GCGCGAACAUUGCUUUGAUAGCUCUAUCCACCCAGCCCUCGGAGCCAGUACUUCUGGGUCUCGAAGGCGCACUUACUACCACCCAAAUACCCAAUAAUUAAUAAUCGCCCAAGCGCUUAGCUUCCGGCAACAUGGCGUCCGCCGCGGAAAUAAGACCAGACAUUCACGACGCCGAUACAGUCAAUAGAAACGAGGCUGGCGAUCUCGAGAAAAAGGCUGCCUCUGAUGGCGACCACUCUCACACAGAAAACCCAGCUGACCAUGCCAUCUCUGCGGCCGACAAAGAACACUACGAAAAGUACGGCACCUACGAUCGCUAUGAAAUCACUGAAGAAGAUUGCUACGAUGAGCUUGGGUUUUCUUUCCCCGAAUGGAAGAAAUGGACUAUCCUCAGCGUCAUCUUCAUGGUGCAAGUCAGCAUGAACUUCAACACAUCGCUAUACAGCAAUGCCAUCAGCGGCAUUUCCGAAGAGUUCGGCGUCAGUGCACAGGCAGCGCGUGUUGGUGCAGCCGUUUUCCUACUCACAUACGCCUUUGGUUGCGAGCUUUGGGCGCCCUGGAGUGAAGAGCUCGGGCGAUGGCCUAUCCUCCAGCUCAGUUUGUUCCUUGUCAACAUCUGGCAGAUUCCUGUGGGUAUCGCACCGAACUUUGGGACUAUCAUCGGCUUUCGUGCUCUUGGUGGUCUUUCUACUGCUGGUGGCUCGGUUACUUUGGCCAUGGUGGCUGAUAUGUGGGAACCUGACAACCAGCAAUAUGCUGUUGCGUUCAUCGUCUUUUCUUCAGUUGGUGGUUCAGUUCUCGGCCCUAUUGUCGGUGGCUUUGUCGAGCAAUUCCUCGCCUGGAGGUGGAACAUCUGGAUCCAGUUAAUCUUUGGUGGCGCAGUUCAAAUUGCUCACGCUCUUCUUGUUCCCGAAACUCGCACCACAGUGCUCAUGGAUCGCAUUGCUAAGAAGCGUCGUCAAGAAGGCGAGAAGAAUGGCAAACCGAACAACAUCUGGGGACCGAACGAACUAAAGACGUUCAGGGAACGCUUCAGCAUGCAUGAAAUCCUCAUUACCUGGAUGCGUCCAUUCCGCAUGUUCGUCACCGAGCCAAUCGUCCUUGUCUUGUCGCUACUAUCCGGUUUCUCCGAUGCCAUCAUUUUCAUGUUCCUUCAGUCGUACGCCCUUGUGUACGAGCAAUGGAACUUUGCACCUUUCGCUAUCGGACUGACCUUCAUCGCCAUUGGUAUCGGCUACUUCCUUGCCUGGUUCUCUUUCUUCCCAGCUAUCAAGCGCAAUAAGCGCCUUCGUGAAGAGAAGCCCGAAGAUGAACGUGCUCAAUACGAGGCGAGACUUUGGUGGUUGCUCUACACUGCACCAUGUCUACCUAUCGGUCUCAUCAUCUUCGCCUGGACUUCCACCGGUCCGCCAAUCCACUGGAUCGGCUCUCUCAUUGGUUCCGCGAUCAUUGGUAUUGCCAACUACGCUAUCUACAUGGCUACCAUUGACUACAUGAUCUGCGCUUAUGGACCCUACUCUGCCUCCGCAACCGGUGGUAAUGGCUGGGCCCGUGACUUCCUUGCUGGUGUUCUCACCAUUCCUGCAACGCCCUUUUUCCAAAAUAUCGGUGGCGACUUGCACCUUGCGUACGCUUCAACAAUCCUUUUCGCUAUCUCAUUGCUUCUUGUCGUUUCCGUCUACGUCAUCUACUGGAAGGGCCCUGAGCUCCGCAAGCGCAGUCCAUUUGCCCAGCAGUUGAAUGCUGCUCGUGACGAGACUGGCGGCCGCCGUGUUAGCAGUUUACCAGGACUUUAUGGAAGCAGGGCAAACUCAUUUGCACAGCAAGGGGGUUCAAUCCCAACCUCGCGCAGAGGCAGUGUCAUACGCGGUGUUCCGGAAGCAGAGAAUAAGUAUGCGGAGGCACAGCGCAUGAAAAUGCAGCGCAAGCGUAGUGCGAAUGGCAGCACUGCUUAAGUUUGAAUGGCUAGCUUCCAGAGAGUAGUUCUAGUUCUGUCAUGGAAAUGUAAUAAUAAUACCCAAACCUCUUU